AACAUAAAAAAAAAGACAUUAAGAUGCCCAAUUUUUUUUUUUUUUUUUUCUAUACUUAAUUCUCAAAAGAGAUCUUUGGAUGGAUCAUCAUGACUCGUUCUUGUGGUUCUCUCUGGUCAAACAAAAAAAAUUCACAAAAUAUACGGAGUACAAAAGUACUUGUAUUUUAUUAACUAGUAUAAAAGUUGAUACAUAUCUUCUUCCAAAAUUGAAGCACCAAGCUUAACACACUUCCAAACUCAGCAAUGGCAGCCAUAACCAUACCUACAACUCACACUCUCCGAACCAUAAACCCACGAACACGUCCAUGGCUUCUCACUCUCCGCCAUUUCUCCCCAACUCCAUUUUCUCUCUCCUCCUCCAUUUCCGCCGCUUCAAUCUCUACUGCCGAAGAAGAAGAAAACUCCGAGCAACACCCUUCAACCCCAUCAAACUCCCCUCCAAAACCCAGCAACAAAAACGCAUCGUUUUACCCCAAAAGAGGGCAAACCCUUGAGUUAGUUUGUGAGACAUUGGCGUUUAAAGCAAAAGGGGUUUGUAAAGUUCCUGAAACUGGGUUUGUUCUUAUGUGUGAUCGUGCUCUUCCUGGUGAACGCUUUCUGGGUCGGGUUACCCGUAAAAAGGGUAGUUAUGCUGAGGUGGCAAAGGUGAAGACAUUAUCUCCUCACCACGAUGCUGUGGAUGCUCCUUGUGAAUAUGCUUCAUAUUGUGGAGGCUGUAAGACACAGAGUCUGUCAUAUGAAGCCCAACUAAAAUAUAAAGAGCAACAAGUUUGGGAAAUAAUGCUACACGUUGGGAAGUUUUCUGAUGCACAACCUGAUUUUCUCAGCAUCACAAAGCCCAUUAUUCCUUGUGCAAACCAGUUUCAUUACAGAAACAAGAUGGAGUUCUCAUUUAGCAAUCAAAGAUGGAUACCUCAAGAACUUUGGGAAGAAGAACAAGGUAGUGUGAACGAUUAUGCUCUUGGACUUCAUGCCCCAGGCUUUUUUGACAAGAUACUCAAUAUCAACAAGUGCUUGUUACAAAGUGAGCCUGCCGAUGCAUUUCUCUUGGCAGUUCAAGACUGCUGGAGAGAUCAGAGCUUAGGCCUCUCUCCUUAUAAUGUUCAUACCCAUGCUGGGUUUCUCAAGCAUCUAGUGAUAAGAACUGGCAGGGAUGUCCAAAGUGGUAAGCCUGAAAUUAUGGUCAAUUUUGUGACCUCUGCGUAUAAGCCAGAGCUAUUAGAGCCUCUAGUUGAGAAAGUUUCGGCCAUCACUGAAGUGACAAGCAUUGUGAACAACAUAAAUACCUCAGUGGGGAGCACUUCAGUUGGGGAGAAGGAGCAUGUAUUGUAUGGGAAAGCUACUAUUGCUGAAGUUUUGAGAGGGCUGACGUUUCAGAUUUCUGCCAACUCAUUCUUCCAGACAAAUACACAGCAGGCAGAGGUUCUUUAUGGACUAAUUGAGGAUGUUGCUGGUCUCAGAGGUGAUGGCUCCGAAAUUGUGCUGGAUCUGUUUUGCGGAACAGGCACCAUUGGUCUCACACUUGCCAGAAGGGCCAAACAUGUUUAUGGUUAUGAAGUAGUUCCUCAAGCCAUCGCAGAUGCUCGUCGAAAUGCUGACCUGAAUGGAAUCUGCAAUGCUACAUUUGUCCAAGGAGACCUUAAUAAAAUUGAUGAAAACUUUGGAAAGAAUUUUCCUAGACCUGAUGUAGUGAUAUCAGAUCCAAAUCGUCCUGGAAUGCACAUGAAGCUGAUCAAGUUUCUGUUAAAGUUGAAAGCUCCUCGAAUCGUCUAUGUUUCCUGCAAUCCUGCCACAUGCGCUCGCGACCUUGAUUACCUGUGUCAUGGCUCGGUGGAGCAGAAAAUAAAAGGAUGCUACAAAUUAAGGAGCAUCCAACCUGUAGACAUGUUCCCUCACACUCCACAUAUCGAGUGUGUUUGCUUGCUGGAUCUCAAUGAUUAAUUGUUGAUACUGUUUGCAUCAAUCAGAACGAAGGCUCGUUUUGCAUUUCAUCUGUUGCAAUUUUUAAGAACUCGGCAACACUCUGGAGGUCCUGUGUGUGCAACUACUGGCAAACGAUUGCCCUCAAGCAGCAGAAAUUAUUUCACUCUGAGGCACAGAGGACUCAAUUGCUGAUGUUCCCACUGAUACAGCAGUCGAUUAAAUUUUUUUGCUGCAAACUUUACAGCCAUAUGGUGCUCCAGCGGCUUCAGCAGUGAAAAUCUAACCACUUCAUGUAUAUUGAUGAUCUGGAUAGAAACUAUUCUUUGCUUCAUGCUGUCCUGAAAUAAUUAUCUUGUAUCAUGCUUAUACCUUGAAAUGCAGGACUUACAAUUUUUUAUUUAAUUUUUUUUUUUUUUGACAAUUCAGCAGGCAAGAGUAAUCUACUGUAUACUAAUAGCAUAUGUAUAUCAAUCAUCAUCCAAAAUAAGACCUAUUUUGUAGAGCAAUUUCCAUGUAAAAUCUUUGAAAAUAACUUAAU